CCCAGUUUACAAUUGGCUCAUUAAUCCCUCUCCCCUGUAACUAUUCCCCAGGUCGUUGCUGCAAAUGAGAACAUGUUCUCAGUCAACUUACCUGGUAAAAUAACGGAUAAAUAAACACGGGUUUUGACGCUUGUUGCAUCUUGAUUUGUUCCUGCCUAUCUUGAUUGGAUUGCUUUAUAACAGAUCUAAAAUAUCGCCCAAUGUUGGGUUAAUCCUCAAACUCAUUGACGUGGGCGCAAACCUGGUGUGUGGUCUCUGAGUGUAUUGAAUUAAUGGCUGUGGUAGAUGACUUUACCAUCAAUUGAAAUCAAUUGAAGUUAUUAAUUGAAACUUCAUAGACUACCUUUACAGGCCUUGGAUCUGCUCAACCAUGGGUCAGUCGCACUGACUAGACGACGAGGUGGCCCUCACACAUAUCGCACUGACUAGACGACGAGGUGGCCCUCACACAUAUCGCACUGACUAGACGACGAGGUGGCCCUCACACAUAUCGCACUGACUAGACGACGAGGUGGCCCUCACACAUAUCCAGGAACUCUACCGAAAGUUCACCAGCGAGUGUCCCUGUGGCAACGUGCAUAUACACAAAUUCAAGAAAAAUGUUUCGAUCGUAUGAUGCAAACCGUUUUUAGGUACCUUUGUACUGAUUUAUUAAGCUAAGUAUCUUCAGAGGAAGGGAUCAUGGACAUCAGUAGGCUAGUAGACUUUGUCAGAAGCUGAGACAGUUGUAUAUUAUAAAACGAGUCAUUAAUUGUGAUAAUAUCUUGGUUAUAUAGCCUAGAGAAACACCACAUUAAAGAUAUGAAUUAAAGGUAAGCAGGUAGCCUAGCUGUUAAGAGCUUUGGACCAGUAACCUAAAGGUCGCUAGCCUGGUUCAAUCCCAGAGCCGGUGAUAUAUAUAUGUUGAUGUGCCCUUGAGCAAGGCACUCAACCCUAAUAGCAACUGCAAGUUGCUCUGGAUAUGUGGCUCAAAUAUAAAUGACUAAAAUGUAAACGUAAAUGUAAACGUCUGCCCUGGCUUCUACGCAGAUUCUGUUUUGGAUAUCCCCGCGCGCUGUCCGUGGUGCUGAAACGCUCAACUACGUAACAACGUCACACAGAGAUCCUCACCUACAUCACAUUCAUUGGUGUUUAGUUUAUUUAAUUCCUUGUUUUUCCCUCUAAAAUUAUUUAUUUAUUUUGUCCAUAGGACAACACACUAGACUUUAUGGGGUAUGUGGCAGCAGUGCACCUCGUUCUUAGAGGAAAGCUCGAGGACCGACUGAGGUCUUCUUUCAAAUGUUAUGACAGAGAUGGAAACGGACACCUUGACAAAAAGGAGCUAAAACAAGUAGUCAAAAUCAUCUACAAUAUCAAGAGGCAUGAGAACCCAUCUGAAACAGAGAACCUGACCCCUGAUCAAAUCACUGACCGGAUCUUCGACCUGGUGGAUAAGAAUAAAGAUAGCCAGAUUUCCCUGCAUAUUUUCCUGGAUGGGGCUCAGAAGGACCAGUGGGUGCUGGACCAGCUCCAGCUGGACAUGAGGCACUGUGGGUGGUUCCUAGAAUAGCAGAGGAAGAAUGUGGAGGAAGAACUGCAGAGGAAGAACAACAAGUGACCUUCAAGGGAUUUGAUUCCUACAACAAUAAAUGUAAGAUAUAUAGACAAUAUAUUGAUAUGGACAAAGGACAGAGCUAUUAACAAAACGCAUGGUGCCAUAUCGUACAAUCCUGUGAGAGAGAUGAGAGAUUUGUGGCUGGUUUUAAAUUCGAGAUGACAUGAAGAUUUCCCCCUUUUUCACGACAAUCAACUGCCAAAAGCUCUGCAUGAUUUAGAAUGACGGCCGGGUUGAAACAAACGGAGGUAUGCAGAAAGAGCUGUCCCACUACCGACAGGUCAUUAUUUGAAAGAGCUGUCCCACUACCGACAGGUCAUUAUUUGAAAGAGCUGUCCCACUACUAACAGGUCAUUAUUUGAAAGAGCUGUCCCACUACUAACAGGUCAUUAUUUGAAAGAGCUGUCCCACUACCGACAGGUCAUUAUUUGAAAGAGCUGUCCCACUACCGACAGGUCAUUAUUUGAAAGAGCUGUCCCACUACCGACAGGUCAUUAUUUGAAAGAGCUGUCCCACUACCGACAGGUCAUUAUUUGAAAGAGCUGUCCCACUACUAACAGGUCAUUAUUUGAAAGAGCUGUCCCACUACUAACAGGUCAUUAUUUGAAAGAGCUGUCCCACUACUAACAGGUCAUUAUUUGAAAGAGCUGUCCCACUACCGACAGGUCAUUAUUUGAAAGAGCUGUCCCACUACUAACAGGUCAUUAUUUGAAAGAGCUGUCCCACUACUAACAGGUCAUUAUUUGAAAGAGCUGUCCCACUACCGACAGGUCAUUAUUUGAAAGAGCUGUCCCACUACCGACAGGUCAUUAUUUGAAAGAGCUGUCCCACUACUAACAGGUCAUUAUUUGAAAGAGCUGUCCCACUACUAACAGGUCAUUAUUUGAAAGAGCUGUCCCACUACUAACAGGUCAUUAUUUGAAAGAGCUGUCCCACUACUAACAGGUCAUUAUUUGAAAGAGCUGUCCCACUACCAACAGGUCAUUAUUUGAAAGAGCUGUCCCACUACCAACAGGUCAUUAUUUGAAAGAGCUGUCCCACUACCGACAGGUCAUUAUUUGAAAGAGCUGUCCCACUACCGACAGGUCAUUAUUUGAAAGAGCUGUCCCACUACCGACAGGUCAUUAUUUGAAAGAGCUGUCCCACUACUAACAGGUCAUUAUUUGAAAGAGCUGUCCCACUACUAACAGGUCAUUAUUUGAAAGAGCUGUCCCACUACUAACAGGUCAUUAUUUGAAAGAGCUGUCCCACUACUAACAGGUCAUUAUUUGAAAGAGCUGUCCCACUACUAACAGGUCAUUAUUUGAAAGAGCUGUCCCACUACUAACAGGUCAUUAUUUGAAAGAGCUGUCCCACUACUAACAGGUCAUUAUUUGAAAGAGCUGUCCCACUACUAACAGGUCAUUAUUUGUGAUGGAUGUUAUUUGGGGUCUCAAUUUUUUCACAAAAGGGAUAUCAGAUCUGCCCUACUUCAAAGAUGGACGCACAAAAUAGUGGCCAGAGACAUAGAGGCCAAAUCCAAAAUGGACCCAUAGACACUACGCCAGGGAUCAUCAACUAGAUUUUUCUGGAGAGGAUGGUCGGGGGGCCUGAACAUAAUUACAAAUCAUUUGUAGACUGCAAAUUAACCGUAAGAAGCCCUAACAGAUAUAAUGUUUGACAAAAACGUAAUAAUUUCAAAACUUGCUUAUGUUUGUAUACGAUCAUGUCUCUCGUUAUUCAUGGGAAUACUUGGGAACAGAUUUCUUAAAUUACAAUCCCUUGGAGCUGAUUUCCUGGUGUUUUUACAGUCUUAUGUCCAACAAUGAAAAUUCCACAUUUUUUUUUUGCUCAGAAAACUUAGCAGCCACUCAGUCUCAAAGACCAGGAGAUGAACAAGGCAAGCAACUGAGGCUUACUAUGUAAGAAGAGGUUUAGAGCUUUGACAAUGUGUGAGCUACCGAUCUCACAUAAGGUAACUUUUGAAACACUUUUUCCCAGCUUCGUAUGAGUGUCUGUCUUCAGUACAGUCUUUCUGUGUUUGUUUCAUUGUGUUUAGGAGCCACCUUGUUUGUGUAUCCUGAAAAUGUUUCACAUGCAAUAUCCUUAAUGUCUAUAAUACUGUAUAUCUGUAGUAGUAAAUUAAUAAAAUUCCUUGAAAAAAAUAAA